UCUUCCGGAAAACUUACAUCUUUGUUUACUUCCGGGUUGCACAACGUGUCAAAUAGUAGGCGACAAAAUGUCGAAAGUUACUUUUAAAAUAACGCUGACAUCCGAUCCGAAGCUGCCUUACAAAGUGUUAUCAGUUCCUGAGGCAACUCCCUUCACAGCUGUGUUGAAGUUUGCUGCAGAAGAGUUCAAGGUACCAGCAGCAACCAGUGCAAUCAUUACCAAUGAUGGUAUUGGAAUAAACCCAGCACAAAGUGCAGGAAAUGUGUUCCUAAAGCAUGGUUCAGAGUUGAGACUUAUACCCCGAGACCGUGUAGGACAUUGAAAUCAGUGCUGUACAUAAUCAUCUAGGAUAUUCUAAUUAUUGUACCACCAGUCAGCAGAGGUAGACAAGAUCAAAUAGCAACACAUGAUCUUUAGUUUAAGAGUUUUAAAUGAUGGAAACAAACAUGUGUUCUUUUUUUCAGUUGUUAAGUUUAAAGGUGACCUUUUUAUUUUAAAAUAUUGCGCUUUCCAACACUGCUCUCACAGGUAUAGAUAUUUUCAACUUUUUUAAUGUUUAAGAAUAUUUACAUUUACACAUGAUUAAAGCAAAGGUAAUUUUUCAGCGCUGAAAUAUAUGAUAUUGCUAAAAUUCUAGUUAUUGGAGGAAAGUAAUAUUUUGAGUUUAUUCUGUUGAUAUUCCUGAUAAUUUAUUAUUUUAACUUUGCAAUAAUAACUAUUGACCAAUUGUGUAGAUUUUGAUGUACAUUUUAAAUUGUAUUUAUUUGGAACACUGGUUGUUAAAGUAGAUAGGCCAUACUUUAAUAUGUACUUAUUACCAUGUAGAUACUAAAAUGGGGUUGAUAGAAAUUGGAGAACUACCAGUAUGUCUCCAGGUCUUGUUCAAAGUCAUAAAGUGUUGCCAAAAAAAUAAAAUAUUUACAGCAAAAAACGAAAGAAUUAACCAGUUAUAAACAAUUGUCUGAUGACCAUUCUCUCUAUUUUGUUAAUAUUUAAAUUUUCUUAAUAUUCAAUCUCAUGAGAAUUAUUUAGCUGCAAAAUCUUAGUGUUCAAAUUGUAUAAACAGUUAAAUCUGGUGCCAUUAUUGGUUUGGAAAAAGAAAUAAAAUCAAAAUAAUCUUUGUCUGCACACAGGAACCUAGUCUAGUGUUCAUGUUUUACUGUUUAUUUUCUCAUCAUUGCAAUUAUUAAUGUAUGUUUUUACAAAAAAAAGAAAAUAUGAUAAUAAAAUCUAAAUAAUUUUAA